AUGAUGGCCUGCAACAGCAGUGUUGGAUGCAGCUCACCAGAACAUCACACAAUCAAAUACAUGACGAAUGUAACCGAGCUUCUGGGAAAUACAAACGACCCUUUACCCAUCAGCCUCAAGGUUGUGCUGUCAGUCAUAAUGGUGAUCAUCAUCAGCAUCGGGUUCCUGGGAAACGCCAUCGUCUGCCUCAUAGUUUACCAGAAGCCUGCAAUGAGGUCCGCUAUCAAUUUACUGCUAGCCACGCUGGCUUUCACCGACAUCAUGCUCUCGCUCUUCUGCAUGCCCGUCACCGCCGUUACCGUGGUCUCCAAUGAUUGGCAGUUUGGUCUGGACUUCUGCCGCAUCACUCUCAUGCUGUACUGGCUGUUCGUUCUGGAGGGCGUUUCCAUCCUUCUCAUUAUCAGUGUGGACCGCUUUUUGAUCAUCGUACAGCGGCAGGACAAGCUGACACCAAGCCGCGCCCGUCUGCUCAUCGCGGCCUCCUGGCUGCUGUCCUUUUGCCUGGCAUUGCCAGCUGCCAGCCUGCCAUCUUUGGAAGAUUCCUACUUCAGACCACGCUGUGUCUUAGGCUACGUGGAGUCCCCUAACCGCAGCUACACGCUACUGCUGGUGAACGCGGCCUUCUUCGUGCCUGUGAGCGUCAUGCUACUCUCCUACUUGCGCAUCCUGAACACGGUGCGGCGCAACGCCCUGCGCGUCCACAACCACACCUUCCCCAGCCCUGAGCAAGCCGGAAAGGCGAGUUUGCCAGUCCUACGUCGGCCACCGCAGCUCAGCGUUGACGUCAGCUUCAAGACUCGGGCAUUCACCACUAUCCUUAUUCUAUUCGUGGGCUUUUCCGUGUGCUGGCUGCCUCACACGGUGCUCAACCUCUUCGCCGUUUUCAAUCAGAGGUUCUACACGAGCCACCAGUAUUACGCCGCCAGCGUGGGGGCGCUGUGGCUCAGCUACAUGAAGGCCGUCUUCAACCCCGUGAUUUACUGCUGGAGGAUUCGCAAGUUCCGUGAGGCCUGCGAUGACUUCAUGCCCAGGAGUUGCAGGAUGCCCAGGUUAAGAACACAUGGUGGACCAAGGGUCAGACCCUGCAGCAUCUAUGUCUGCGCCGAGAGCCAAUCAGCCAUGUGAUUCUUUGCUAGAGAUGCGAUCAUUUUAGAUUUCGGUUGUGAAUUUAUUCUUUUAAUUUGGAUAAAUCCCUAAUUUGGACCAUUUCCAUCGUAGUAUAGCUCAGAAAAGAAAGCUGCCUAUUGUGUUAUAUAGUUUCAGUUCAUUUUAAUCAACCGUUUAUCCUGGUCAGGGUCAUGCCAGGUCCGGUUCCACACUAAAACACUGAGCGCAAAUGCAGGAAUACCCUAGAUUUACCCAGGAUAUUU